GGAUAAGUAGGGGGCGGGGGUCUCGUUCACCUGAGCCGCACGUCGUCUCGUCUUGCUCACUUCUCAGCGGGGCGACGCUCGCACUACAGCUCUCGUCUCGCGCAGAGUUGCUCUCCCUCAACUUUCUCAUUCAACUUUCUCAUUCAACUUUCUCAUUCAACACUCGCGAGGCAACUCUCAAACGCGAUGUCCGCGCUGAGCUGGCACAAGUGCGUCCAGGCGGGGCUGCAGUUCGCGUCGUUCCUGCAGCAGAGCGGCUUCGAGCCGGGACUCCGCGUCUUUACGAGAGCCGAGCUCAGAGACAUCUACGACCACAGCUUCAGAAACAACAGUGAUGAAAAAAGGAGGCCGAAGUUUUCUUCAAUGAUUUAUUGCCUCAAGGGAAGUGGAAAAGUUGAAGCUAAGGGUGGCAACAUUACUUUUAAGAAAAGUGGGGCAAGGCCGGCUCGACGACCAUCCACUGCUUCUUCUGCGCGUGGAGGAGGCCACAGCGGAGGUGUGGGGAAUCUGGUGGCUCCCUCUGAAUUCAUCCCUCUUGAUGCCGACAGGAAUACUCGCAGAGCCACUCUGAUGAAGCUGCUCCGGACACACAAAGCGUGGAUGCUAGAGGAUAAACAUGGGAUCUCAAUUACUGCUGAGCCACCAUUUGUUCGUGGUAAUGUGAAGCAGCAGUUGCUCGUGACUGAGACGAAGAGCGUCACGAUCACAAUCAGGAACCAGGGUACCACUUGUGUGCAGCUGAGACGCUGUGAUAGAUUGCGCAAGAUGGCCGGCUUCUCACUAACGAGCGACAUCGACUUCCAGCCCAACAAACCCCUAUUCCUCCCUGCAGGUGGGGAGCCGUGCUGCAUGCACGCGACCUUUUGCACAGAAACUCGCGGCAACCACAUGCUGCUGCUGGUCUUCGAGUUUCUGUUUGAGGGCGAGGAGGUGCCGUUCCACGUGGCGCGCUCCAUCACCAUGGAGACACGAUCGGAGCUGAGCAACGCACUGCAGCCCACGAAGCCGUACGAGCCAAUCAAAAAGAGACCUCCCAUCUACCGCAAUCGCUUCACCGUGGAUGGGGUGAAGCCGGACAUAGAUGACCAAUCUGACCUGAAGCUGGUUCUGAAGCUGGAAAGUUAUCCUAUCAACAAAGAUCUGGAUCUGUUUUUCUGUAACUCAAAGGGUGAGGUCUCAAGAUCACCACCAAUGGCUCAAGAGGUCAAGAAAUGGCUUGAAGCUCCGCUGACAUUUUUGAAUUACAAGAAGAAGUUUCAUCAUCUGCUUCACUUGGAUGAAUUGCAAAUGAGGUCCGAUAUCAGGGUAUAUGACUUGGAAGACCAAAUCAUGGAGCCUGAUCUCAACAACAGAAAACUUCUAAAGUUAAGAGUGCCGGGCGUGGCGGAGAGCCGCCCCUCGGUGCUGCGGGGAGACAAGCUGGUGGUGAGCGAGAGCGCACGGCGCAGCGCCGACGACUGCGUGGACUUCACGGGCUUCGUGCACGGGGUGCAUCUGGAGGACAUCUCCCUCGGAUUCUCCUCCUCGUUCUUGAAGCUAUUUGUGAAGAACAUGAAGUUCGAUGUGAUAUUCACGAUCAACCGGACGCCACUGAAACUGCAGCACCGUGCCGUGGACCAGGCGGUGGCGAACCCGACCUUCGAGCACGUCUUGUUCCCUACAGGCUCCUACGACAUGACGAUACAGGAUCCCAGCUCACAACUCGUGCUGUACAACCGCAUCCUGUCCGAGAACCCGGAGCAGUAUCGCGCCGUGCAAAACAUCGUGUCUGGAAUCUCACGCCCUGCGCCGUACCUCAUCUUCGGGCCUCCAGGGACCGGCAAGACGGUGACUCUGGUGGAAUCCAUCCGUCAGGUGGUAAAGUGCAUUCCUGGGGCGCACGUGUUGGCCUGUGCUCCCUCCAACAGUGCCGCUGAUCUCAUCUGCCAGCUGUUGAUUCCUGAAAUUGGCAAAAACAACAUCUACCGCCUCAACGCUUACAGCCGCGACUGGAAUUCGAUCCCCAGUGCUGUGAAGGAGUGUUCCAACUGGGACAGCGAACAAAAGCGUUUUUGCUACCCUAAAAAGGAAGACCUCAUGACGUACAAAGUUAUGGUCACAACACUGAUCACUGCUGGAAGGUUGGUGUCGGCCAGCUUUCAUGAAGGCCACUUCUCGCACAUCUUCGUGGACGAGGCGGGCCAGGCCGUGGAGCCAGAGUGCCUGGUGGCUGUCGCGGGGCUGCUGAGGCCGCCGUCGCAAGUGAACCAAGACGGAGGGCAGCUCGUUCUGGCCGGAGACCCCAAGCAGCUGGGGCCGAUCAUCCGCUCUCCCCUCGCCAUUAAACACCACCUGAACAGGUCCCUCAUAGAGCGGCUCAUGAUGGAGAACCCCCUCUACCAGAAGUCUGGUGGCUCUUUCAACCAUUCAUUUGUCACCAAGCUGCUCAACAACUACAGGUCACAUCCCGCCAUCCUGGAGCUUCCCAACGCGCUGUUCUACGAGGGCGAGUUGCAGGUGUGCGCUGACGAGCUCAAGAGGAACAACUUCUGCCAGUGGGAGCACCUGCCGACCAAGGGCUUCCCCGUGAUCUUCCACUCGGUCAUCGGCCAGGACACGCGCGAGGAGAACAGCCCAUCGUUCUUCAAUGUGGCCGAAGUGGAAGAGGUGGUGUCGUACCUCACGAAGAUCCUGGAAUCUAGUGGCAAGAAGGGCAUCGCCAAGGUCUCACCCAAGGACAUUGGAAUCAUUGCGCCGUACCGUAAGCAGGUCCAAAAAAUAAGGAAGGCCAUCACAGAAGUUGAUAAAGAGCUGAAAAAGCUGAAGGAUAUCCGUGAGCUGAAGGUCGGCUCGGUGGAGGAAUUCCAGGGGCAGGAGCGCACGGUCAUCAUCAUCUCGACGGUCCGCAGCGACAUGAGCUUCCUGUCCUUCGAUGAAAAGUUUGGACUUGGCUUCCUUCGGAAUCCGAAGAGGUUUAACGUCGCGCUGACCCGAGCCAAAGCCCUGCUGGUGGUAAUCGGCAACCCCAUCACGCUCUCCAAGGACCCCAACUGGGAGAGUUUCAUCAACUACUGCCGCUCACGGGGAGGCUUCAUGGGAGUCGACAUCCGCGAGGAGGACGAAGACCUGGACGAGAUGGACGGUGGAGUUGACGCCGGUGCUUCCAAUGGCAUCAAAGGUGGUGACGUGAACGUGGAAGCAGAGUGGAGGAGGGAGCUGUGACCCUGCCGAGUUUCUCUCGCAUCAGCCGCGCUGUGAAUGUGCGUCUGUAAUGUUGACACUACGAAGAGGUUUCUUUAGAUCCCUUAUGUUAUGGGGACGUUUUUCUGGUUUUAUUUUAUUUUUAUGAACGUACAAUUUGCCGUCGUGAGAAACGAACGAACAAUUUUAAACCGAUAUGAUAUGGUAUUUCUUUUCCCCAUGAUAUUUUUAAGUUAGGGCACAUUGAUCUGAAUCAACAAUGUGAUCUGGCUUGACCACCUGAAUGUGAAAUUGUGGUUGCUCUGCAUCUACAUCAGCUGUACAAAAAAUAAUAAAAUGACAAAGGCGGCCAUAGAAUUUUGACGUCAGGCGAUGUGGUACGUAUGUCGAACUUCUUCUGCAGCGUACGUAGCCAAACGUGCUAAUCGGAAAUGUACACAACACACUAUCUAUGAAGUCAAGUAACCCCUAAACAUCAGUGCUUUUACUCUGUCAUACGACGGAUGCACCAUAACAAUUCAUCAAAGUCGUCACAUGGACAGUCGAUGCAUGCCUGUGUUGUCAGGCCCUGGAGUUCACUUCUCCGCAUAAUGCUUGGCACCAUCGCCACCAUUGUCGUAGCGCCACCUUGCGAGUAUCGGCAUGAAACGUCACCGCUCUGUUAUCCUCGAAGAAGCGGCUUUUUUUUGCGAACCAUUGAGCAACGAAGGACAUCACAUCACGCGCUUUCAGAUGCGUUUCAGCAGCCGUCUAGAACGCUCUUCAGAUAUUAGGAAGCUACUUGAGCUAUGCACUUUUAAAUAAUCGAGAUUGAAAACUAAUUUCUUUAUAAGUGCUUUUUGUAUUUACUAGUUUGUUGUCCUUCCCCCGCACCUCCGAUUAGCACAGUUGGCUACGCACAGUGCGAAAUAAGUUCAACAUAUGUAUGUACGUACAGCACGGGGAAAACACCAUUCUUCUCGGUUGCUAUCUGCAGACGAGCUGGCUAGUGGACCCAACGUUCUGGUUCGCACAGCGUGUGCCGCUCAGCACGGGGGUGGCCUGCAACGAACUCGCGGUGUCCCUCUCCACUCUCCGCCACCCUUCGGCGUCGCUCCGCUCUCAGCAUUGCUGGGGGUCACAGCCGUUUUCUUGGUCGGGCUGUUCCUUGGCCUGAUCGACGAUGUCUGCUUUGAUGUCCUUGCGUCGCUUGACUCGCUUUUCGACGACGUUUACAGUGGACACGCGUGCAGGCGUGGCCGUCCACAAAAGCUCGCUCACCCAUACAUCUUUUGCACACCUUGGUAGCCUGAACACCCUUAUGUCAGUAGAAAUUCCAUCCCUGCAGUAUCGUCAUCACAGCAGUCUGCUUGAGUUGCACAUCCACUUCAGCCAUCCUGCAAGGACGACCACUGUGCCGGUGGCGUGACAGUUCCACACGCUCUGGACAUCUGUGAAAAAGAGCUUUACAGCUCAUCGGAUUCUUCCAGUAUAAAUAAUUUAAUGUCAUCAUGUGCCUUCAGAAACAAUUCUCCCACCAAAUGAGUGCACAUCUUUGUUGCGAUAAAUCUCAAACCUCUUGUAAACUCGAAUGUACUUGCUGAUUUGCACUGACAGCAGUGGACGUGUGGCUUAUGGGGCUCACGUCUGAGCCAGCACCACCGAGUAAAGUCUUAGGAUUUAAUUCCACCGUUCGACUUGAGACCAAACAGCUCUGGAGAAUGCAGCGAGCUGACGGUGUGAGGCUGGCCACAGAACGACUCGACAAAUGGGAUCGUAGCGUUUGGUUUUACUUUACUCGGGGAAGAUGUUCCAAGCGGGCCACCGAGUGCCUGGUCAACAUCAUUCAACACUGCACGAAUGAAAAGUUGCGUCGGCGUUUCGAGCGGCAAUCCGCCAGGGAAGGAACUCGACGCUUUUUGCGGAAGGCGCCUGUACCCAAACACGUGGCCGUCACCCCGGUGGGGAAUCUCACCUAUCGCCCUCGUCUUGCCAGCAUCGGCCACAAAGUAACAACGAUGGUGAACCCGAUCCAAAAACUCACUGGGACAUCGUGGGAAACAGCGCAGCUCGAACGCUCCGCAGGGCAACCGUGGCCUUGGCUCAGUCUGCUGCAGGUCACUGCUCUGGCUGUCCGUCCACGUGGUUAGACUGCCACCAGACCAUGGAACGUAUCGCAUCGACCUAGCCAGGGGCUUCACUUCUCUACUUAGCGUCUCAGGAAACCGUUGUUUAGAGGCCUUAAUAAGAGGCACCUGAAGUACUCUGGAGUUUUUUCUCCACGUGAGAAUAUUCUCAAUUGCUAAUUUGCAUCCUGUGUGACACCUCUUGCACCUGAGGUACAACUUGGUGCUGAAUUCCACAUCUGUCCCCGUAUUCUGUAAUUUUGCACUCCAGUGUGGCACGCGUUCCUCUUCAACUAAGUCCCACGCUCGCGUUGUGACGCAACGCUGACAACAGGUCCAAGCAGAAGUGAAUAGGCUGUUUGUGUGUGAAACCGCGCACCUCCGAUUCAGCGCGGUUGGCUACGUACGGUGCAAAAGAAGUUCGUCGUACAGUACAUGUUCACAAAGCACAAGGAUCUUGUGUGCAAUACCAGGGCGGCACUGGAGGCAAAUGCGAUACCUUCUCUCCUUAUGCUACUGUAACGUGGACAACGGCCUGACGUCGUUUGUAUGGCAAAUCAACAACGAUUGGCUAAUUUGUGGCGAUGAGAAAGAAGCCCCCGCAACACGUGCUCAGGCAGGCGGUUCACGAUUUCUGCCCUGGCCUCUUAAACACUUUUACUUUUCAGGCCGUCCAUCGGUUGAAACCUUGGCCUCUUUGCACAUUGGGUCGACAUAUUCCGCUGGAACACAAAGGGAUUCAUUCCACUGUAACACGUUGCAGAUUAGACAAAGUGCAUUUGGAGUCCAUUGACUUGGUACAUGUACAAAAUAAAAACGAGGCUAUAUUGUAUCAGAUUGUCAACGUAUUAGAUGUGCUCAGGUGUGAUAAAUACAAAUAAAAUGAAUGUAUCGUUUGCGUUUGUACCGUUUUACAAUUGCGUGCAAUAUUCUCGUUAAUGAGUCCGCCAUAUAAACACGAUGUAUUCUA